UUUAGCCCACCGUCUCCAGAAAUGAAAAGGCUGAUGUGAGAGGAAUCAACUCACCAAAUAGAGAAUAAUUUAACUCACAAAUUCUAGUAAAUAUGUUGCUUCAAGCCGUAGAAUUCAAGCUGCAGGAGAUUUUACAGAUGGGGUUGUCGUAAAAGUGGACACAUGGAAGCCUAACGGAGUGUUAGCUGAAUUAUUUUGUUUUGAAAUGUUUUGUUGUAUUUUGUCUCACUCGAGAAACCAGACGAAUGCAAGGCAAAAAAGAAUGCAACAUUACCCUCUAUGGACUUCUAAAAAAACAAAACAAGUUUUGACUUCAGUGGUAGAGCAGCUGACAGACGAGCAGAAAAAUGAGUUCAAGGCAGCCUUUGACAUCUUUGUCCAGGAUGCAGAGGAUGGCUGCAUCAGCACCAAGGAGCUGGGCAAGGUGAUGAGGAUGCUGGGGCAGAACCCCACCCCAGAGGAGCUGCAAGAGAUGAUCGACGAGGUGGAUGAAGACGGCAGUGGGACGGUGGACUUUGACGAGUUCCUGGUGAUGAUGGUGAGGUGCAUGAAAGACGACAGCAAAGGAAAGACAGAGGAGGAACUGGCAGACCUCUUCCGCAUGUUUGACAAGAAUGCGGACGGCUACAUAGACCUGGAGGAGCUGAAGGUAAUGCUGGAGGCCACGGGGGAGGCCAUCACUGAGGACGACAUCGAGGAGCUCAUGAAGGACGGGGACAAGAACAACGACGGGAAAAUCGACUAUGACGAGUUCUUGGAGUUUAUGAAAGGAGUAGAAUAAACAGCAUCAAGAGAAGACAGAGUCCCCCGACACUUAGUGGUAUUUUUCUAUUUCUCUUCGACGUCGUAGACAUCUACGGAAAACCGGAGGUUGCCUUUUGGAUGUCAUCGGCAGAACUUCUGAACGACUUUGCAAGACUUAGUUCAAUAAUCUGAUUGCUUAUGUUUUUGUUUUUUUUAUAACUUUUUACAAUUUCUUGCAUUGUUGUAAGUACUGUUUGUAACUUGUUCCGGGGCCCAUAUACUGCGUUGGAGUAAAUGUAACCAACCAGAACACUCACAAUAACAACUCACAUAUUGCUUCAGUUUGCCUACUUGAACUAUGCAUUAUUGUUUCAUUUCAAAUGCAUAUGAUUUUUUUGCAGUGCCACAAACAGUUUACAAAUCUCUUAUUUUUCCAAGUUGCUGAUGUUGUGCUGCCGGACACAAUGCUGUUUGAAAUACAUCCUUUUUGGCAUAGGACAGUACAUCUGUCCCUGUAAGUCUCUGUAAUUAUACCCUACUUUGAUUAGCCCAUUAGUAGUCCGAACAUACAUUGAAAUGCAGUGUAGACACAGUGGCAUAAUGCACCGGUUGUAUGUUUAACAGAUUCCCUCGGGACCGUUUAGUCUGCUGGAGAGCCCGUGGUGGAUGUACACACCAUUACGUCUGCUUAGAAUGUACCUUCAAGUAAUAAACGUGUUCGCCAAAGCAA